GGUUUGUCUUACUGUCGUGGCCAAGCUUGCUGCCAUAGCUCCAUGUCAGCUACUGAGUCCCAGCUGUGUGGACAGCUAUCACCACACCAUGUCGACUCGUGCUUUGCGGAGACUCAAAGGCAAACAGAGGGGACAGGAGGAACUGAGCAUCGAAGAUCUUAAAUUGAACGAAGCACAAACAGCAGAAUUGCCAGAGGAGGAGGAGGAGGAGGAGGAGGAGAAUGAGCAGUGUGAAGCUGUCUUGCAGCCUGCUAAGAAGAACAACCGGAAAGCUAAGAAAAACAAAGCCCAGAAAAACAUCAGUAAUAUUUAUGAACUGAUAGGCGAUGCUGACAACGAGGUGGAGAAAGGUCUGACUGAUGAGGACAGUGGGGUCAAACAACAAGUAGAACCCGAAGUGUCUAAAAAUGAAACAGAUGAGAGAGAUAAACAACUCACAGAAAACAACGAUGGUGAGGUGACCAAAAAGAAAAAGAAGAAAAAGAAAAAGAAGAAAGCCCCGACUGCAGAGCCUCAGGAGGAUGGAGCCGGAGAUGAUAUCGAUGCAAUCCUGGAGACCAUCGAGAAGACGAAUGGGCUCUCCCAUCAGAAUGAUGACGGGGUCGCGUUCGACAGCAGGCCUGUACUGUAUGUGGAGCAUCGGAAUCUGAAUCCUGAAACAGAGCUGAAAAGGUAUUUUGGAGCCAGAGCUGUUCUAGGAGACCAAAGACCCAGGCAAAGACAGAGGCAGUUUCACAGAAGCACCUGGAUGACGUUCCCCAAAGACACCUGGCCCCGCUUCAGCAAACCAGGAAUUUGUAUGUCUCUUCUGGAGAGCAGAAAUGGUCUACAGUACUUCACAUUUGAGCACAAUCGAGACUAUCAGCAGGUUCAGUUUAAAUUCCUGGAUGCUGUUGAGUCCAUGGAUCCUAACAACAUAGUGGUCCUGCUGCAGCUCAACCCUUACCACAUCGACUCGCUGCUUCAGCUGUCUGAUGUCUGCCGCAUCCAGGAGGACCAGGAGAUGGCCAGGGAUCUGAUUGAACGGGCCCUCUACAGCUUUGAGUGUGCUUUCCAUCCUGUCUUCAGUCUUACAUCAGGAACCAGCCGCCUUGACUACUUGAGACCAGAGAAUAGGGCGUUCUACUUGGCCGUGUAUAAGCACAUGAUGUUCCUGGAGAAGAGAGGCUGUCCCAGGACCGCUCUGGAGUACUGCAAACUCAUCCUGAGUCUGGACCCUGAUAACGACCCCCUCUGCAUGCUGCUGCUGGUGGACUUCCUCUGCCUGCGCUGCCGCGAGUACAGCCCCCUCAUCCGGCUCUACGAGGAGUGGGAGGUCCACAGGAACCUGUCCCAGCUGCCCAACUUUGCCUUCUCAGUGGCGCUCAGCUACUUCCAGCUCAGCCUGCAGGAGGACUGCCCCACAGACGAGAGCCUGAAGCUCAGGCAGAAGAGUGACAAGCUGCUGCAGGGCGCUCUCAUUAUGUUCCCUGGAGCGCUGAUGCCUCUUCUGGACUUGCUAUCAGUACAGCCAGACUCUGCAGUCUCCUCACAUGCAUUUUUUGGCCCUCAGAGUCAGAUGGGUCAGUCCCCGGCGCUGGCUCAGCUGGUGGCGCUGUAUGUGGGCCGCAAUCACGCGCUGUGGAAGGAGGCGCCCGUGCUGCUCUGGCUGGAGGGCAACGUGGGGGAUGUACUCCGCAGGGUGGACGCUCAGGACCCCUUGGUGGAGGACUGCCUCAACAAGAGAAAGACGAGGUACCAAAGCGCCCCAAGAAACAUUCAUCGGCACGUUAUAUUGUCUGAGAUCAAGGAGGCUACGGCCACUCUGCCUCUGGAAGUGACCACGCAACCGGUGAUGGGCUUUGACCCUCUGCCCCCUCUGGAUUCGGUGGCGUCGUACAGUCGACCAGAGAGACAAAAUGGUGGAGCUUCAAAUGAAAGCACCCUGUCACUCUUCUUUCGUUCUCUGCUGCCAAAUUUCAACCUGCAGGGUGGGAUAAGACCCGAAGACAACCAGGAAGUGGCACGUGCAGGUAGAGAGCUAAACCAGGAAGUGAACCGUCUAAUGGUGGCAAUGAGAGACAUGCUGGCCAACAUUCAGUUUCAGGAGCCACCCAGAGAAGACAACCCGGACCGAGACGAGGAGGAGUGGGACUAAACCAUCGAAGGGUUUGGGAAGACGAGACAUGAGAGGAGAGAAGGAGACCGCUGAGCAAAGACCCUUACAGAGCCGUGGGAGUUGGGUUAGGUCCUUAGAUGGAGUUGGUAGAGGUGAUUGCUGAACAUCGGAGAGAUUUGGAUCUGAACAGCAGGUCAAUGUUGGAGGAACUCUGAAACCCCCAGUACAGUGCAUAAUGAAGGAAUUCCUUGUACUAGUGGCCAUGGUCCAGCGGCCAUUUUGAAAACCAACCCCUCCCCUCCCCUCCCCCAACACCACCUGUUUUCUUCCCCCCACAACGUAUGCAAGACUGAAAUCCUGCUUUGCCCCUUUGUUGCCGUCACAGUAGGGACUUUUCAUGCUCUGCCCAUGUGCUGUUAUCUAUCUGAGGGAAAUUAAUCAGGUAUUUCAAUCAAGUUUAUAAUCAGGCUCCUCCUCCAUCUCAAGACUCCUGUGUGCAGUUAUUGUUGUUCACAAAGCAAAAAGGGAAAUGCGGUUCAGUGCGGUCAACAACCGCUGCUACAAAGAUUGUGUUUUAUGAUCAUAGCAAAGCCUUAGUUUGAAUUGACACUACAAUCUCAAUCUGAUUUAAAAAAAGAGCUUCUUAAUGCUAUCAGUACUAGUGCGGACCCUCUGUGCCAGAUCCACCUCCAUUACACACCACUGUGAUCACUAAAUGUCUCUAAACCCAUUCAUCCGAUUAGCAACAUGAAUAUUAAAGGAAACAUGUAUACUU